ACACACAGACAGACAGACAGGCAGGCAGACAGACAGAGAGAGACUUGUACACACUUGUAGGACGUCCUCUAUUGUCCUUUGUCACUAUGUAAGUCUGUAGUCAACAACAUUAACCUCUCACUCUAGCACCAUGCGAGUUCGUCUUACGACCGAACAUCUGAACAGGAGACAAGAACUCCAGCUAUGAGAUCAACUCGAAGAAGUGAUGUUUCUCUCAUCAAACUCCAUUAGACAUGUUUGCGACUGUGAUACUCGGAGAGAAAAGAACUGAGCUACUCAACCUCAAUUGCCGGAUUGUAAAUUUCAUCCACUGUUUAAAAGAGAAGUGCAAGCUGGAUCCACAAGCGCAAGUGGACUUGCUGGACCGAACUGGAGAGAUCAUGCACUUGAUGGAGAUGGAGCACAGCCUGGAUCUCGUCAGCACUUUACUGAAAGGCCGACAAAGCUACAUCGUAUUGAGCGUGUCACGCUCUGAGGGCAGCGAGGAGCUUCAGUAUUCUGCAGUGCAUGAUGGGGAUUUAAGGAAAAGUCAUCCAGAAGUAGAAGUGAUGUUGAGGAAGCUGUCAAAUCUUUCCAAAAAGCGAGACAAAAGGUCUGCUCUGAAGAAAGGAUCUGUCAGUCACAUCAAGACUAAAGUUACUUCCACCUCCACUAAGGGCACUACUUCGGCACCCGGGACCUGGAAAAAAGAAACACUUGAACCAGAGAUAUUACAGCUUUAAACAGUCACACUCGCUGGCUGUGGCCUGGGGUCUGCUGUCUAUUUCAUGCUGUUUACUGCUGUCUGCUACAUGACAAAAAAGAUCCCACAACAGCGGCCUAGAAGGAACAUGUAACUUUUUUCCUUUGAGGGUCUCUGUUUUUGUUUUCAAUAUAUAUAUAUAUAUAUAUAUA